CAGUUUGGAGUGGGCUGCGCCGGCCAUUUUUGUCCAACUAAUCCCCACGCUAGCUCGACCGACUUCCAUAGAGUUCAAUUAUGGAGACUAGCGUGCAAGUGGACAUCAAAAUCUCCUCCAAACUUAUCUAACUACCCUAAUAAUCUCCUCCACCACCAGCUCCUCCGCUAAAAUCAAUACUGGUCGGAUCGACUCCCCGGCAGCCCUUGUGCCCGCCUCUCUAAAUGGAUGUUGCUGCCAGAUCAAGGAGGGCCUCGGACAGGCUCACGGCCCUCUCACGCCAGCUCCUUGACCGGCCGACUCCGCCUCUUCGCUCUGACCUUGCAAUCAACAACUCCUCAAUAAACAACGGGGGCACGAAACAAGCCCCCGAGCCGGUGGAUCCUCAACCGGCAUGGUUCGAGCUGCCGUUCUGGUGUGCCUCUUUGAAGGUGACAACGGCGAUCUGCGCGUUAUCCUCAUCAAACGGGCCUCCACGCUCUCUUCUCACGCUGGAGAAGUUGCAUUGCCUGGUGGGAAAAGAGAGGAAGGGGAUGCAAAUGAUGUGGAGACUGCUCUGAGAGAGGCCAAGGAGGAGAUAGGAUUGGAUGCUUCCCUUCUUCAAGUCGUAACUCUUCUCCACCCAUUCGUCUCCGUGCGUGGAAUAUCGGUGGUACCUGUAGUGGCUCUGCUCUUGGACCGGAAGACCUACAAUCCGGUUCCAGACCCAACCGAAGUCGAGCUGAUACUCGAUGCUCCAUUGGAAAUGUUUCUCAAGGAUAAGAACAGAAGAGAGGAGGAGCUGCAGGUGAGGGGGCAUCGGUGUCUGCUCCAUUUCUUCGACUAUGAAACAGAGGAUGAGAAAUUUGUUAUAUUUGCUCUAACUGCUGCGAUACUGACGAGGACUGCAUCGGUAGUUUACCAGAAAGAACCUGAAUUUGUAGUCAGGAGCCCCAAAUUGUGGCAUUAGCAAUCAGUUCUUCGCCGAUAUCAAUGUCCCAAAAUUCGGAGGAUUCUUUGGAACUUCAUAGUGUAAUUUUGUUCUGAUAAUAUGCAGUUGAUGAGCAGAAA